AUGGGCGCCAAGAUGGACAGCGAGCAGAUCGAGGCAAUCCUGGAUAAGUUGGCUCCCUCAGCGGCGCUUAAGCCGACCACCUUGAGACGCAGUAAGAGAGUGGUCCUGGAUGACACAGUCGGAGACGAAAAUACGAGACGGAUGUUUGUGAAUGGGAUCCAGGAGGAGUCGCAAUUCGCGGCUAUGACACCAGAAAAGCUGGCAACAAGGUUUACACAAGGCUUGCAGCUAUUCGACUAUGAGAACAUGACCGACGUGAGCCGUCUGGCCCACUGGAAGGCCUCCUCGUCUAAGCCCGGGAACCCCAUCGAGAAUGCAUUAGACGACGAUCCCGAGACGUUCUGGCAGAGCGACGGCUCGCAACCCCACCAAAUCGAGGUUUAUUUCAGCAAGCGCAUGAGCAUCGUUCAGCUGAUGCUUUACUUCUCCCUCAUCGCGGAUGAGUCGUACACGCCAAGGUUUGUCUGCAUUUACGCGGGCCACUCGCCAUCAGACGCACUUUUCUACAAGACCCUCGAGGUGAGGAACGUCAAUGGAUGGGUAUCUCUGACCUUCGAAGACAGCAGACCGCACGACAAGCUGUUGAAGUGCCAGUAUCUCAGAUUUGUGUUCCCGGCGAACCACGAAAACGGUAAGGACACCCAUCUGAGAGGAAUACGGGUCUUUGCGCCAUCCAAGAAGCUCUCAAUGGCCUCCACAGAGCUCAUACAAUGCUUUGGCCACGGCAGUAAGCUUAUGAGUGAGUGCUCGUUAAGAUGA